AUGACCACUGGUUCCUCGAAUCGGAAUACCGCCACUACCACAAUCCUGGACUUGCCGACAGAAUUGAUUGAGUAUAUUUGCUGCUGUGACUCGUGGAAAUUGAUUGAUGCCUUGAACCUCGCUGUUUCGCAUUCCAAACGCAAAAACUGUUUGUUCCACGAACAAAACUCUCACCGAAUCCAAAUUCAUACAAAAAUACGGUUUGUUGGACAAUGA